GAAAAAAAAAAAGAAAAAAACCCGGGCAGACCCAAAAAGAAGUCGUCUCGCGUUCCUUUCCUUUCUAUAUUGUUUUGUUCGCAGCACUUGAUCACUUUCGUCAUCCAUGGAAGUAGCUCAAGCAGAAAGAGCAACGACUUCUGAGCCAGUGGAUGGUUCUUCGUCCAGGGAAUUCUCAUGGACGAUUGCUAACUUUUCGCAGCUUACCAAGAAGAAGCUUUAUUCUGAUAUUUUCUGUCAAGGAGGCAAUAAAUGGAGGAUUCUAAUAUUCCCUCAAGGGAAUGAAACGUAUUCUUUGUCAGUCUAUCUAGAUGUUGCUGAUUCGGCUACUUUGCCUAAUGGCUGGAGUAGGUAUGCCCACCUCAGGAUAUCUGUCAUCAAUCAAGUUCACCGUAAAUACACGAUUUCAAGAGUUACGCAACAUAAGUUCAAUGCACGUGAGAGUGAUUGGGGUUUCACUAGCUUGAUGCCCUUAUGUGAAUUUUAUGACACUGCUAGAGGUUAUCUGGUCAACGACACGUGCAUAAUUGAAGCGGAGGUAGGAUUCAAUGAAUUACUUGAUAAAAAGGACAGCCAUAAAAUCAUAAAGGUUGCUCGUAACGAGGAUUUUGUUUAUCAAAUAGGAAGGGACAUAUAUUUUGAUCUUGUGGAUCAUGGAAAAGUUCGAAGUUUUUGUAUAAAUAAAAAGACGCCUUUCUCCCAGUUUAAGGAAGAGGUUGCCAAAGAGUUGGGCAUACCAGUGCAAUUUCAACGGUUCUGGUUGUGGGCCAAGCGCCAAAACCAUACAUAUAGGCCAAAUCGACCACUGACACCUUUGGAGGAAACACAAUCUGUUGGGCAAUUACGAGAAGUUUCCAACAAGGCAAAUAAUGCAGAGCUGAAGCUGUUUCUAGAAGUAGAACUUGGUCCGGAUAUGCGACCUGUUGCUACUCCAAAAAAGACUAAAAAGGAGAUUCUUCUGUUCUUUAAACUUUAUGACCCAGAGAAAGAGGAACUGAGGUAUGUUGGGAGGCUGUUUGUAAGGGAAACUGGAAUGCCUGCUGAGAUAUUGACAAAGUUAAAUGAAAUGGCUGGCUUUAGUGUUGAUGAAGAAAUUGAACUUUUUGAGGAAAUAAAGUUUGAACCUCACAUCUUGUGUGAACACAUUGACAAGAAGGCCACUUUUCGUGCUUGUCAGCUUGAAGAUGGGGACAUCAUUUGCUUUCAGAAAUCUCCUCAAGUAGGAAUUAGUGAACAGUGCCGCUAUCCAGAUGUUCCCUCAUUCUUAGAGUAUGUCCAUAAUCGCCAGGUUGUUCGCUUUCAUCAUCUGGAGAAACCGGAGGAGGAUGAGUUCCGUCUCGAGUUGUCAAAGCUUGACACCUAUGAUGAUGUUGUUGAGGGAGUUGCUCAACAUCUUGGGUUGGAUGAUCCUUCAAAAAUCAGGCUCACAUCUCACAACUGUGACUCCCAGCAACCUAAACCUGAACCGAUCGAGUUUCGAGGAGUAGAACAUUUGUCUGACAUGCUGACUUCUGAUAUUCUCUAUUAUGAAAUAUUGGAUAUCCCUCUUCCAGAACUGCAAGGCCUUAAGAGUUUGAAAGUUUAUUUCCAUCAUGCUACCAAGGAUGAAGCCACGAUUCAUAUCGUUCAAUUGCCAAAGCAGAGUACUAUAGGUGACCUGAUCAAUGACCUUAAAAAGAAGGUGAGGUUGUCUCAUCCUAAUGCAGAAAUCAGAUUGAUUGAGGUUUUCUACCACAAGAUAUACAAGAUUUUUCCGCUCUAUGAAAAAAUCGAGAAUAUUAACGACCAGUACUGGAUAUUGCGCGCAGAAGAGAUCCCUGAAGAGGAGAAAAACUUAGGUCCUCGUGAUCGGUUGAUUCAUGUUUAUCAUUUUAUGAAGGACAUAGCUCAGAACCAAGUAAAGCAAAUUCAAAAUUUUGGAGAGCCAUUUCUUUUGGUAAUUCGUGAAGAUGAAACUUUAGCUGAAGUAAAAGUUAGAAUACAGAAAAAGCUGCGAGUCCCUGAUGAUGAGUUUGCAAAGUGGAAGUUUGCAUUUUUGUCACUUGGUCAUCCUGAAUACCUCCAGGACGAUGAUAUUGUGGUCAGUCGAUUUCAGAGGGAGGUUGUCUACGGCGAUUGGGAACAGUAUCUUGGACUAGAACACACUGACAAUGCUCCUAAAAGGUCAUACACGGUCAAUCAGGACACAACCUUGGUAGAUGCAGCAAGAGGUUCCUGUUCUUUUGCUGAAUUUGAUGCAUUGUUUGCUGACGUUCAAAAUCUAUUGCACCGAAAGACUUCUGCGGCACUAGAGACUCCAAGCUCAAGCAGCGUGCGUGCAUCUCCACGUAGCAUUGAGGAGAUUGCCCAUGCAAAGAAAAUCUUCAAACAGUGCCUCGAUAUGAAGCUCGCCAGCGUCAUCCAGUUGGGGAAAACAUUCGAGCUCAAGAAUUCACUUUCUACGAUACUAGCUGGCAAUGCAUUCCCCUAUAACAUGGAAGAUAAGACUAAAAAUUUUCUAGCCGACUUCGACCGUUACUGCAAGCAAUACAUGGCUGCAGAGCAAGAUAUGAGGGAGGCUCAACAGAAGGAAAAAUCGAUCGAUGAGCUGAGGACUACCAUGGAGAAAUUAUCUUUGGACUUCACUCCUAUAAGGAAUGAAGCCGAGGCUGUUGAUAGAGAAAUAACUGAGCUAGAGAGAGAGUUGUCUGAAAGGAAGGCAAAGAAGGCAAAGCUUAGGAAGAAUCUCGAGGAUUUGGCGGGUCAAGCAACUUCUUCAAAACAGGCAUUGGAAUGUGCUGAAGAGGACAUGAGGCAGUUGAAGCUCAAGAGGGAACAAGCUGAAAAGAUGGUUGGCAACAUGGAAAGGUCUUGGAAGUCUUUCAAGGUUGGUUGUUCCCCAUUGCUUUAGUGGAUCCCAUGCGCGGAUUUCCUUCUUUUUCGGAAUCGACACUGAGCCAAUACAAUCUCUGCUUGCCGAAGAUUUCCCAUUUUGG